GGGGAUUGCUGCAUCAUGCAUCUAUGCGGCUAUGCCCCGUCCGUUGAAAAGGAGCUGAUACCUACAAUGCUUUUCGGUUGGACAUCAAUCUUCAUAUUCGAUCAAUCAAUCAAUCACCCAAUAUGGCCCCCGUUUGUGUCGGCACAGUACAAGCUGAACCGGUUUUUCUCGACCUUGACGGUGCCGUCACCAAGACCAUAGACAUCAUUCGGCAGGCCGCCGCUAAAGGCGUGCAAGUCUUAGCAUUUCCCGAGGUUUGGGUCGGCGGGUAUCCUUGGCCAAUCUGGGCACAAAAUGCAUUCGAAUCAUCCGAGUUCUGUGCAAAGUACAUUGCACACUCUCUCCCCAGGGACUCCGCGCAUAUGCGUCGCAUCCAAGCCGCAUGUCGAGAGCAUUCGAUUUUCGUAGUCCUAGGCUAUAGCGAGAAAGAUGAUAGAAGCGGAAGCAUCUACAUCUCGCAGGCUUUCAUUAGCUCCACUGGCGAAAUUCUCCACAACCGCCGCAAGAUCAAACCUACGCACGUAGAGCGCAGUCUGUGGGGCGACGGGCAGGGCGACUCACUCAAGUGCGUGGUCGACUCGCCCUUUGGAAGGAUUGGCGGUCUGAACUGCUGGGAGAACCUGCAGCCCUUGUUACGGUACUAUGAGUAUUCACAGGGUGUGCAGAUACAUGUCGCGGGAUGGCCGUCUUGCCCAUCGCUUGAGAAAAUUGAAGUUCCCUAUCCGUACGGGUGUACUAGCGAGGCUUGCCUACGGAUCAGCCAGAUGGUAGCGCUGGAGGGUCAAACAUUUGUACUAUGCUCCACGGCGAUCCUGAGUAAAGAGAAACAUGAGAUGAUGGGACUUAAGGACAAGGGAAUCUUUCAUGAGGAUGAUGGUGGUGUGGCCAUGAUCUUCGGUCCCGAUGGUCGGCCAUUGGUCGAGCCCUUGUCUCGUGGAGAAGAGGGGAUUUUGACAGCUGUGAUCGACUUGGAUAUGAUUCAUGUGGCCAAGAGUCUCUGCGAUCCAGUUGGGCACUAUUCUCGUCCAGAUCUGCUGAGUCUCAGGGUGAAUUCGGUGAAGGCUGAGGUAGUGCACCAAGUCUGAGCAGACCACGGGAUAAG